GUGAUUUUGGCAUGGCUGUUACGACUAACUUUAAUAAGGAUAAAGAAUCCGGAACCUCCCAUCGUGAAUAAGGCAUGUCCAGGCUCGCUGGUUCUACAUGUGAAUGAGCAUUUCUUUCCAUUAGAUUUUAGGCGAACACGGCUCCGUGAAUUUGAAUACUGGUACAAGAGUCUCAAAGUGGUAUUCAGUGCGCGGGAAUUAUUCAACAGGGUAAAUUGUUAAACUGUAGUUUCGCUGCUGCAUAAGUUCAGUUCUCUGUGGAUGAGUGAAAUUGGACACCAGGUGGUCGUUCUGCUCGGCUCUUUCUCCUCCCCUUUCUAAAACAAAACGUUGCGAAAUUCCUCAAGUUUUGAGGCGGUCGGGAGAAGCCACUUUCCUGGGAUUACUUAGGUCGGACACGCAUUUAUAGCUGACUUCUUUGGCACGGGGUUUGUUGAAUAGGCUGUAAAACGAACAAGGAGAAUCGAAGAAACACAACGCCUGCUUGAAGAAGAGAAAAUAGCGAAUGAAGGAAGGACAGGAGGCGCGUAACGGGACCUGAAGGAGAAGACAAGUAACUUUGGGAAAGCUAUGGGAACUUCGGCCUUUUUGUAUCGAUCAGUGAGAAGGCACAAAUAACAUAUUAUGCGUUAAACGUUCACAUGGUCACAUAGAUAGGCGAGUUGACUUUCAAGUUUUAGAUACUCACAGGGCUUUUAAACACAACUUGACAAAUUUUCUACAGCCUACGUGGCCGAAACUGAACACACACCAGAAGUGUUUCAGGUAUGAUGGAGGGAGAGAAGGAAAGACAGAGGGAAAGAGGAGAGGAAAAAGAGAGUGAUGAGACAGAGGAGGAUGCUGAAGGAGCAGCUUUGCUGUGGCAAGAAGGCUCUUCUGAUGAUGACCUAGGACUACCCAUCAUGCACUGGGAAGCCCUAAGCCUGCGUAUUGCCCAACUUGAGAAACAAGAGGAAGAACGAAGAGAGAAGAACAAGGAUGUUGCUCAGUGGACUGAGACCUGGCCAGAGCUAUAUAAUCUUACCAGACAUCAAGAUACCUGUGAGGAGGUGGAUGAUAGUCGUUUGACAGCCCUAACAACACGACUCCAGAGCCAUAUGAACCUGCAACUCUGCUUCAUCAACAACAGUGAAAGUGAGGACGAGGAGGAAGACAAGGAGAAAAAAGAGAUGAACAAACACUCUGGAAAACAGAUGCAACAGCUACAGCAGCAUUCCAGCACUGCAUCCAGCACCAAACCCAAAUCUGGCGGCUUUAAGAUAGAGGUUAAGGCUGCACUCAGCUCGCUAAGACACAAGCUGAGGUUGGAGCAAAAACAGACCAAACCCCCUAGUGAUAUAGUCAAAGAGAGAACUCAGUAUAAUCGCAGCGACUUGCAGAAUUUCAGCUUAAAGGAGUUGAAUGCACUGAAGACCACACUAAGCAAAGACAUUCAUAACCUCAGCUCUGAGUUAGUCGGCAGACUUCUCACAAGAGACCAGCUAAGAACUGAGCAGGAUGCCAUGUUACUGGAGAUACAGGAUAUGACAUCACUCUGACAUAAGAUGUCACUUCUUUUAACGGGGCAAAGAAGAUGCCUUAACUUACAAACCUGGGAGAUCUACCUGGAAGAAUUAACUGUACUGUGAAAAGUUUUUCCACACCAAAGGACUGUUUUAAGGACUUAAAUUGCACAGAUUUGCUCCCAAGUUUGCCUCCAUUUUAGCUGCUUUGUAAGGUUUCUGUUAUUAUGUUGAUAUAAAGGUUUUGUAUGGCAUCAGUAAUCUGUUACUGCUGUCUAGGACCAACCUGAAUUACGUUGUUUUGACAAAUCAUUCUUUUUGUUGUUCUAACCCUUUAGCUUUGUGUCAUAUUUACAACAUUAUAGUGAUGUACUGCAUCUAUAAUUUGAUAGUCAAUAGUUUACAGUCACAUGCAGACACUUGGAGAGCUAAUGAAAAAAGCAAUACCCUCCUGAAGGGAUGAUGUGUUACAGUAUAUUUCACACCUGUGCACACAAAUGUAAAUUAUGCAAAUUAUCGGUUAGAGAAUCAAAGCUGCCUAAAACAUGCUCAUUAACGUCUGCCUAGAAUAUUACAUUUUAUUUUAUAUGUACAUAUCUCAGGUAGCACUUGAGUUGAUUGAUGCUGCUUGUCUUUUUUUUUAAGAAUAAAGGUACAGUUUAUUCAAAAUAUGUUGUAUAGUGAUCAGCUGGUGAUCAGUACACCUUCUGUGAUACCACUCAUUACUGGUUUUCUUUUACAAUAAAAUUUAAUAAGUAU